CACGUUGUUGGCUGAAUGCGAUGGCGGACUGCUAUGUCCCCAGACCUUACCAGAGAUCGAAGGGAGAAAGUCAUUGAAUUUGCACCGGAACCGUUAUAUCGUAAUCAAACCACCUGUUAUAGGGCGGGAGGAUUCUUUUCCGCCAUCCCUCUUAAGAAUAGUAUGGGACAGAGUUAAUUUGGAGUACGUUAUUUUGGACAAGACAGAGUGCGCUAGUGCAGGCUGCCGCAUGCGAGCCAGCAAGUUGACAGAUAUAACAAAACUCGAGUCAACAGGGGACAGUCCUAAAAGGAAUUACGGAGGUUGAAGAUAUAGCUGCUACAACAAAAUGAAAUUCGCGGAGCACCUUUCGUCUCAUAUUACUCCGGAAUGGAGGAAACAGUACCUUCAAUAUGAGGCGUUCAAGAGUAUGCUGUAUGCAGCCCAGGACCAGGCCCCAUCCAUAGAAGUCACAGAUGAAGACACUGUCAAGAGAUACUAUGCCAAGUUUGAGGAGAAGUUUUUCCAGAAUUGUGAGAAAGAGCUUCUGAAGAUCAACACAUUCUAUUCAGAGAAACUUGCUGAAGCACAGAGGCGUUUCGCCACCCUGCAGAAUGAGCUGCAGUCGUCUCUGGAUGCGCAGCGUGAGAGCAAUGCCCCAGGCCUCCGCAAACGCAAGACGGUGUUCCACCUGUCCCAGGAGGAACGCUGCAAACACCGCAACAUCAAGGACCUGCAGCUGGCCUUCUCCGAGUUCUACCUCAGCCUCAUCCUGCUGCAGAACUACCAGAAUCUGAACUUCACAGGUUUCCGUAAAAUCCUGAAGAAGCAUGAUAAGAUCCUGGAGACCCCCCGCGGGGCUGACUGGCGUGUGGCCCAUGUGGAGGUGGCCCCUUUCUACACCUGUAAGAAGAUCACUCAGCUCAUCUCUGAGACAGAGGCUUUGGUGACCACAGAGCUGGAGGGAGGGGACCGUCAGAAAGCCAUGAAGAGGCUGAGAGUGCCUCCACUGGGGGCAGCACAGCCUGCUCUAGCCUGGACUACCUUCCGCGUUGGCCUCUACUGUGGGGUCUUCAUAGUCCUCGCUAUCUCCUUCCUCCUCACUGGUGCUGUACUCAUCCGGUAUGAGAACGUGUGGCCUCUGGUGCGUAUCUACCGCGGUGGCUUCCUGCUGAUUGAAUUCCUCUUCCUUUUGGGCAUUAACACCUACGGCUGGCGCCAGGCGGGGGUCAACCACGUGCUCAUCUUCGAGUUGAACCCUCGCAGCAACCUCUCCCAUCAGCACCUGUUUGAGAUUGCUGGUUUCCUGGGGGUGCUGUGGUGUUUGAGCAUCCUGUCCUGUCUGUACUCUGAGUACACCAUGCUGCCCAUGCAGGUCAACCCUCUCAUCCUCUACGGCUUCAUGCUCCUCUUCCUCAUCAACCCCUUCAAGACUGGCUACUACAAGUCCCGCUUCUGGCUGCUCAAACUGCUGUUCCGUGUGUUCACGGCGCCGUUCCACCGCGUGGAGUUUGCAGACUUCUGGCUGGCCGACCAGCUCAACUCUCUGGUGAUUGUACUGAUGGACCUGGAGUAUCUCAUCUGCUUCUACAGCUUUGAGCUCAAAUGGACCGACCGCAAAGGCCUCCUGCCCAUGUUCAACGGUGAUUACACCUGCCAUAGUUACUCCUACGGUCUCCGUGCCAUCAUCCAGUGUCUGCCCGCUUGGUUCCGUUUCGUGCAGUGCCUCCGUCGGUACCGAGACACCAAGCGAGCUUUCCCUCACCUUGUCAACGCUGGCAAAUACUCCACCACUUUCUUUGUGGUCACCUUCGCCGCACUCUACAGCACCCACAAAGAACAAAAGCAUUCGGAUGCAGACAUGUUCUUCUACCUGCUGAUGGUGUUCUCAGCCGUCAGCUCCCUGUACACACUGAUCUGGGACCUGAAGAUGGACUGGGGCCUGUUCGACCGUGGAGCAGGAGAGAACACCUUCCUUAGGGAGGAGAUUGUCUACCCACAGAAAGCAUACUACUACUGUGCCAUCAUAGAGGAUGUGAUCCUGCGUUUCGCCUGGACCAUCCAGAUCUCCCUCACCACCAUGACCAACAUCCCCUCUGUGGGAGACAUUGUGGGCACAGUGCUGGCGCCUCUAGAGGUGUUCAGGCGUUUUGUCUGGAACUUCUUCCGUCUGGAGAACGAGCACCUGAAUAACUGUGGUGAGUUCCGUGCCGUGAGGGACAUCUCAGUGGCUCCGCUGAAUGCUGACGACCAGACACUGCUGGAGCAGAUGAUGGACCAGGAGGACGGAGUCAGGAACCGCCAGGGCAAGAAGAGCUGGAAGCGCAGCUACAGCCUGUCUCUACGACGCCCUCUGAUGUCCUCUCAAUCAUCCAAGAAGGACACCAAGGUGUUGAUAGAGGAUACGGAUGAUGAGGCCUUCAGCUGAGCCCAGGGCACCAGCUCUACACCCCCAGUGAUCUUAUCACUCCAUCACAGAGCUGCCUCACCACACACACACACACACACACACACAUCAGCAGACAUAGGCAGACAGACA